CUCAACACAAACAACGUUGUUAUUUGUUUUCGUUUACAAUUGACGACCAGGCAAACGCAUUGUGGCCAAUAUUAAAAAAUAAAUAAUUGAUAAAUAAUAAUAAUCAAGUUUAACUUACAAACAUGGCCAAAAGACCCGGUUCCAGUCUUGUGUUGGCCCAAGAGCCAAAGAAAACUAAAAGUGAUUUGGUGGCAUACACAAAUCGUGACAAGGCCUUAAUGGAGGAGGGUGUGCGAAGAACCUCGAAUCUCCAGGCACCCAUUAUGCUGCUCGAAGGUCAUCAGGGAGAGAUUUUUACAACGGAAUUUCAUCCGGAGGGAGAAAUGUUGCUAUCAUCCGGGUUUGAUAGGCAAAUAUAUAUCUGGAACGUUUAUGGUGAUUGUGAGAACAUUUUGGCCAUGUCUGGCCACACGGGUGCCGUUUUGGAAGCUCAUUUCAAUACCGAGGGUUCACAGGUAUUCACUUGCUCGACAGAUAAAACUCUAGCCAUAUGGGAUAUUGGCACAGGCCAAAGGGUGCGACGCUUAAAAGGUCAUACGAACUUUGUAAAUUCCCUACAGGGAACACGUCGUGGCCAACAAAUGCUGUGUUCCGGUUCUGAUGAUCGUACCAUACGCAUUUGGGAUGCGCGAAAGAAACUUUCAGCCCAUAUGUUGGAAGCACCGUUUCAAGUGACCUCGGUUACAUUUAAUGACACAUCCGAUCAAGUUAUAUCCGGUGGCAUCGAUAAUGAGGUGAAAGUCUGGGAUAUACGUAAACAACAAGUUUUACAUUCACUCAAAGGGCACACGGACACAAUUACAGGAUUAUCGUUAUCACCCGAUGGAUCUUAUAUCCUAUCAAAUUCUUUGGAUAACACUUUAAGGAUAUGGGAUAUACGUCCCUAUGUACCGGGUGAGCGUUGUGUGAAAAUCUUCCAAGGUCAUCAACAUAAUUUCGAAAAGAAUUUGCUACGUUGCGCCUGGUCACCGGAUGGUAGUAAAAUUUCAGCUGGUUCUGCCGAUCGUUAUGUCUAUGUAUGGGACACAACAAGCAGAAGAAUUCUAUAUAAACUUCCCGGACACAAUGGUAGUGUUAAUGACGUUGAUUUUAGCCCCAAAGAGCCGUUGAUUGUGUCGGCUUCUAGCGAUAAGACUUUGUAUUUGGGUGAAAUAGAAGACUAAUAAAUGGAAUGAAUGAAAUGUAAAAAAGA